AUGUCGAAAAUAACAAUCUUGGGCGCUGGAAUUACCGGCAUGGGAAUUGCAAGUCAAUUACCCAAAAAUGCUGAGAUUACAAUCCUAGGUGACUUCUUGCCCGGCGAUGCGUUGGACCAGCGUUAUGUCAGUCAGUGGGCCGGUGCUAUCUGGUUAGGCGUUCACGAUUCAACUCCAUGGGAGCAGGAGAUGCAGUUGAACUCCUUUGCGGAGCUCUGGCGAAUUGCAGAGCGAUACCCCGAAUCUGGCAUCCGGCAGAUUGAAAUGACCGAGAUCAUGGACAACGGAGAUCCAGCGAAAGUAUGGUAUCAAGGGAAAGUUCCUGGCUUCCGCUUCCUGCCUUCCUCGGAACUUCCGAAAGGCGCCAAAUUCGGCAUGGUCUUCCAGACUCUCGUCAUUACACCUCCUACAUUCCUUCCCUGGUUCCGACAGCACCUAGAGAAGCAGGGCGUGAAGUUCCAGCGUACCUAUGUCAAGUCCUUGCGGGAUUUGAGAGGUAUGGGACACGACGUUCUGAUCAACGCCACUGGGUUCGGUGCUAUGAAGCUGCUUGAUGUUGAGGAGACGCGCAUCACUCCCGUGCGACAACAGAACAUCAGGCUCCGCAAGGAUGGAUACAACCGAUGCUAUAUCCGUCGUGGCCCAGAUGGAUACUAUUCUACGGCAUUCGCACGUGGAGAUGGCACGAUCUAUAUGGGUGGAAUUAAAACCCUUGGUGACACGGAUUUCGCUUCUUAUGAAGACCAGCGCAAAGAGAUUCUGAAGCGCCAGCACAAUAACCAGCCAGAUGUGUUCCCUUCAUCCAACCCCGCCGACUACGACAUUAUUACGGACCAUGUGGGUGUGUUCCCCAUUAUCGAGCGCCAAAACGGUGGUGUUCGAGUUGAGAAGCAAGUGCUCCAUGGACAGAAGGUUAUACAUGCAUAUGGACAGGAAGCUGGUGGUUACACCUUCAGCUUUGGCCUUGGCCAGCAGGUGGCGAAAUAUGUACAGGAAUAUCUGACUGAAGUCCCGAAGCCUGGAGAAACACCUAUUCCUAGUAAGCUAUGA